UUACAUUUCGGGUGGGCACCAUUAGACCCACCCGCCCGAUCCACGAGAAAACAAAGAACCGUUCCCUUUCAUUUUCUGCAAUCCACAGAGCUCACACCAUCUACCAUCUCUCCCUCUCUAUCACUGGUCAAUGAAAUCAAAGAAGCGAUUGUUUUUUUUCAUUAGUUGAUUAUAAAUAAAGUUCAAUUAAAGAAGAGAAUGUUUGAAGGACUGGUCCAUCGCGUUCUGGUCGGUUAUCUAGGCCGUUACUUUAAAAAUAUCCAAAAAGAACAGCUCAAGCUCAGCCUCUGGAACGAGGAGGUGUUAUUGGAGAAUGUGGAUUUGAUUCCGGAAGCUUUCGAUUAUCUCCGGUUACCCUUUUCGAUUAAGCAAGGUCGGGUUGGGAGGUUAAGCAUUAAGCUUUCGUGGAAAAAGAUUGGGUGGGAUCACCCCAUUAUUAUUGCUGUAGAAGACGUUUUCAUUUGCUUGUCCCAACGGGAAGAUCAGGAGUGGAAUUUGGACGCAGUUGAAAGACGGGAAUUUGCUGCUAAAAAAGCUCAACUUGCUGCCGCAGAGCUUUCAAAAUUGUCAAAGCGCAUAUGUGAUAAUCAGGCGGGGAAAUCAUUUAUCUCAUAUAUUACUGCAAAGGUUCUUGAUAGCAUCCAACUUUCAAUUAGAAAUUUUCAUGUCCAAUACAGUGAAAGGCAGUUUGACUCGGCACAGGUUUUGUUCGGGUUGCAGUUUUCCAACUUGACGGUAAAGCAAAAUCUGGUUGGAUCAUUUGGUGCGAAGAUGGUAGGUGGCCAAGUAAACAAAACUGCGAGUAUUGAAGGCUUGGAAAUUUAUUGUACCACAUCGAAAGGAGAUAUUGAUUCAAUGGGUUUGGAUGAUGCUGUGGACUCCAAAUCCUGGUGCAGUGCAAGAAAUGGAGGCAAUGAGUUUGACUACUUAUUACAGCCACUCAAUGUAUCAGUGUCACUUGGGGUUAACAGAGCAGGAAAGCUUGACAGUGAUUUGCCCCAGUAUUCAAUCAGGGCCGACCUAAAUGAAUUGGCUGUGUCUUUAAAUGAGAUUCAGUUGCAGCGAAUAUUGAUUUUAUCAGAUUACUUAAGCACGAGCAGUUUACGGGAGAAGUAUGGACGUUACCGUCCUUGGGGUUGUCCUCUAUCGAGAAAACAGGAUGGAUGGCAAAGAUUAUGGUGGCACUAUGCUCAAGAAUCCAUUCUGGCAGAUGUUCGCUUGAAGUUGAAGAAAACUUCAUGGAGAUAUUUAGGACAGAGACUGAGUUUUCGCCGAAAGUAUAUUAAUUUAUACCAGACUAAACUAGAGUUUCUCCAUCGAGAACAGGCAAUCGAUGAAUAUAUUAUUCAGGACUUGGAGCAAAUGGAGAAAGAAUCUGAUAUAGAUGAUAUCCUAAGUUAUAGGUCUGUGGCUGAACUUAAGCUCCAGGAAGUUUUAUCGAACUCUUUAUCUUCAAAUAUGGAAGUUAACGGUGCCCAUAGUUUCAUUGAGAAGUCACAAAAUGAUGAACGCUCAUCAAGCGGGUCCCGUGGAUGGUUGAAUUGGAUCUCCCGAGGCAUGCUUGGUGCUGGUGGAACCGAUGAUUCAACUCAGUUCUCUGGUGUUGUUUCUGAUGAAGUCGUAAAGGAUAUAUAUGAAGCAACGGAGUUCCAGCCAUCUGUUUUAUCUAGUGGUGAUGUUGAUGCAAAUUAUAAGAUGUUUACAUGUGCAAUGAAGUUUACUGUAGGUUGCAUUACUGCAACACUGCAGAGCAAGAGUUACUCUAAAAAAAUUGCUGACCUGAUUUUUAAUGAGUUAGUCAUUGAAUGCAAGCUUUGGGAAGAGUUGGCAACGGUUGUUUGCCACUUUAGAUCAGGAGAGAUGUUUGAUCCAUGUAACAAGAGAGUCAUUCUACAGAUAGGAAGGUCCCUUACGGAUGGUAACGUGCGGGAAGAUGAACCUCCUUCAUGUAGAUUUCAAGUGGACAUUUCACCAAAGCGGGAUAUUGAAUUGUCAGUAAAGGUCAUGCUUCAACUGCUGGAAGUUUCUUGUGAUCUAGAGUUGUUUCUAAGUCUCUGGGAACUCUUUACUGUGUUCAAAUCCUUUGAAUUUCAACUGGAAAGGGUUCUGUUGUCACUAAAUGGGAUUGAAGAUGUCAGGACUCGCUUAUUGUCAAAAGUGGAAUACAUCUUAUCAAGUCAUAAAAAGCUAAGUUGGGAUGUUAAUGUCAUCAAUAUUAUAAUUAAUGUUCCUUGGAGAAAAGCAACGCAGGAAGAACAUAAAUUGGUUCUGAAAUUGAAAUCCUUUUCUUAUACUUCUAAAUUUGAUGCGGAUUCUGUUGCUUCUAUUAUUGAAGAACAAUCUUCUAUCCCAAAACGGUUCUCAAGCUCAAUUUCAGCUUCUAAUAUUUUUACGGGGUUCCAAAUUCAAGAUCUCUAUAAUUACUUUGAGGUCAAAUUAAAUGACAUUGAGUUAAUUCUCAUUACCCCUCAACAUGCUCAAGCAAUCUCUAUCUUGGAGAAAUUUUGUGCUUCUGUUGCCCUGGCAUCCUGCAUCAUUUCUGAUCAAUCAGUAUUGAAACAAUUGGAGGUUUAUGUCAAUUUAUCAGCACUUAAUGCAAGCUUUUCCCCACCAAUAUAUGAGUCAGUCGUGGCAUUUAUUGCACAUAUGGAAAAUCUUUGUUCAAGGUCUGAACCUCUGAUGCUAAAAAACCCCAAUUCACCUGUUGUCAUCACAAAUCGACCUGGGGCUUCUGAUUUUGGUUUCGGUUUCUCUGUUUCUGCAAGAUUGGACUUGGUCAGUUUUUGUUUUGACCUCGCAAAUGAUGGAGAGAACAGCUCUGAACUCGUGUUCUCUCUUCAAGGAUUAGAUAUCUGGUUAUCUCAUACCCAAUUUGACGAGUUCUGGGUUUGUACAAAAGCAUUAAAGAUCACCACUUCCCCGUUGAGAGGUGAAAAUGAUGGCCAUAUUCUGUGUUUAUCUGGGAAGCAACUUUCUUCCAAUUCUGCAAAUCAUGAAGACUUGGGCAUCCGACAUGGCAAUCAGGAUGGAAAUUUAGAACGUUCACUCACUGAAGUAUGCUUUCUUUUGCACUAUGAAGCUUACAGAAGGGCAGAUACAGUUGUUAACAAGUGUACCGUUGGCUUGAAUGAUAUUGAUUUCCAUUGCUAUCCAUACAUAGUCGGGUUAUUAGUUGGAUUUUACAAUAAAUUAUCUGCUUAUGGUUCACCCUUCACUUCUGAUGACUCAUUUAGCCUUGUUACAGAGGCUAAAAGUCCUAGAAGAAGGGCUGGCUUAGAGUUUGAAAGAUUUGGUUACUCAAAUUUCAUUGAAACUGGGUCUUCUGAUCAUGCUAGCAUUUCUUUGGAUAACUAUCCCUUUGUUACUCUUUGCAAUUCUGCUUCUCUUGGCAGCAUAGAGAGUUCACUUCAUUACCCUAUUGCUGACUGGAGGAGAUUAUUUAAUUUAAGGGAAAGAAAAAUCAAAAGUACAAAAUUCUGUUUAAAGAAUGGAUUGAAAACUUUUGAUGCUUCACCAUUGACGUUCACAUCUGUGGUGGAUACAUCUGCUGCACCAGGAAUUAUUAGUGAUGCAAAUUUACUUAAUAUUGACAUAAAUCUUUGUGGAGUCAGAGUGCAUUUUCAUGAUUCCUCUUGCAUCGUUGGAACUGUUGCACUACCAACCUUGAAAUCUUCACUCUCAAUUUAUGAAGACUCUAUGGAUCUGCUGUGUUCUGCUGAGGGAUUGGUUCUCACAUCGUCUUGGUGGACUAAAAAUUUUCAAGAGUUUCUUUGGGGGCCCUCGUUACCAAAUCUGUCUCCCAUUCUAAAUUUACGUGUGAGAAAAGGGAAAUUUGGAUCAUUGCCUUCUGAACUUGAAGUCAGCAUCGGUAUUCAGCAUGUAUACUGCAUGUUGCCUCCUGAGUUUUUAGCCAUUAUAAUUGGUUACUUUUCAUUGCCAGAUUGGAGUUUAAAUCUGAGUGAGCAGCCUAUGAAAAUGGAAAACAAGAGUCAUGUAGUAUAUAAAUUUGAGAUACUGGACUCCACUUUGAUUCUGCCUGUGGAACAUGAUGACCAUCAGUUUCUGAAGAUAGAAAUUCAACAACUGUUCUGUAGUUUUAUUGAUAAGUGUGCUCCAAAUGAUGCAAUGAUGAAUAUUCCCCCUGACUAUAUGGUUCCAGCACACAAAGUUGCCAAAGCAAAUCACUGUUUGAAUAUGUUUGGAAGGGACUUAUCCCUAUCGUUCCUGCUAAGCAGAGAGGAUGAACAUGGUUGCUUAGAGCUUGAUCAAGAUACCGGGUGUGGUAAUAUCACCUUAAUUGCAGCACUUAGUUUAGAUCUUUGGGUUUGGCUACCUUGUGAUGACGAGUCUUGUUUUGAAAGCUCUUCUGUUUCCACAUGCAUCAUGUCAAGGAUUACCGAUUGUCAACUUAUUGCUGAUGACUGCUACAGUUUGGAUGGAUUUGAGGCGCUACUAGAUGUCAUAGAUCAGUUUUCUUCAGUUGAUGAUCAGUCCAAAAAUUUUGGAUCUGAUGUUUUGCACUUUCUUCAGUGGAAGAGGAGCCAAAAGGAAAAUUGUGAAGUUUCACCUGCUGCCUCAGGCACUGUCUCUUUGGAAGUUCAAUGUUCUGUUGAUUCCUUGUUGAUAAAAUUGUAUCAUUCUAGAGAAGGUUCAACUCUGCUGGAACCAAUUGCCAAGAUUGAUGUGAAGUUUAAAUGUUCAGCAUCUCUGGUAAAUGAGACACUUAUGGUAUUGGACUUUGGUUUUUCUUCUUUGGCACUAUAUUCACUGCCUAGUUCUGUGUUGUUAGCACAAUGCACUGGCAGUUCCUCUGCUUCAUCAGCCCUUCAUUUAUGUUUCUUAAAAUCUGUUGAAGGUGAAAAUGAACUUAAUAUUUCUCUUCCUUCUGUUAGUAUUUGGCUACAUCUUUUUGACUGGACUGGGAUCAUUGAUCUUUGUAAUUCUUAUGCUAAAAGAAUUGCUGAAAAUGAAGCGGUUCGAGCAUCAUCAAUGAGUUCAUCCAAAGAUCUGGUUGAUCCGACUGAAACUGUGAUAUGUGCUGUUUCUCAAAAUUCUCCUCAAAAUAUCAGCGUGCCCAGUUCUUAUGUUCAUAAUUAUGUGAGGCAGGACUCUGUUUCACUUAUUGUGAGAUCAGAAAAUAUUGGCCUUACGGUUCAUUUUCCUGUCUGUGCCACAGAAACUUUACCUGGUGAAAUACAGGCAGCUAUAGUUCAAGAAAGGAGGCCCCAAGAUGUUGCAUCUAAUACAACAGAACGGAAAAACAAUAAAUUUAUUGCAAUCACUACACAUAGUAGAAGAACUGAACUAUCCAUGGUUGGUAAAAUUGUGACCUUGAAAUGUAGUUUGCAGAAGGCCAUGGGCACUGUUGGAAUAUGUGAGGAUGAGAGCAUUACCACAUGGCCUCUCUUUGAGACAUCGCAAGUUGUUGUGUCAACUGAGAUUUUUAAUAGCCAGCUUGAGUCUGUCAAUAUUAAUUUAGGGGUACAGUGUGACCGGUUAGAUGUGCAGCUUUCCCAUCAAGUACUCUGCUUCUGGCAUGGUGUACAGUUAGACAUUGCUGAAGCAGGAACUUCUCGUUCUUUGUUUGGUCAUAUGGAUUUCAAAAUCCAGUUGCGGAAAAUUUCCUUUCUUGUAUCCGAUGAAAGGUGGAGCUUUGGUGGUCCUCUGCUAGAAAUUGCUAUGAGGAACUUUCUGUUGCAUGCUAUUGUGACUGAAAACAGCAUGGAGAGCUCAGUUGCAAGUGACCUUGAAGUGAACUACAAUAACAUCCACAAGGUUUUGUGGGAGCCAUUUGUCGAGCCUUGGAAGUUUCAGAUAAACAUGAUUAGAAAACAGGAGAUGACUGCUCACUUGAACAGUUCCAUUUUGACAGAUAUCGAUGUCACAUCAACAAUGCAACUUAAUUUGAACUGUACAGAAUCUCUUAUUGAGUGUUUUUUCAGGACACUUGAGAUGGUUAACGAUGCCUGGCAUUUGGGACCAAAUGAUCCAUUUGAAAACCAGAGAUCCUCAAGUAGCCAGUUAUCUGAAAAUGUACAUGAAGGGAGUUAUGCUCCCUAUGUGCUUCAAAAUUUGACUUCCUUGCCUCUUGGAUACCAUGUUUUCAAAGGGCUGGUUAAUGCAGAUGAGUUUGAUUUCUCUGAAAUGAAAGACGCAAAAUCUAUCCAACCAGGUUCUUCUGUUCCUAUUUAUCUUAAUGAAACUCUGGAGGAGCAAUUGUUUCGAUGUGGCCCUGCUCAGUCUUCUGACAGGCUCAGUGAGAAGCAAUCAAAUGGAGCUGUUCAUCACUUCAUGAGCAUUCAGCUUGACGGGAUGUUUCUACCUUCUCCUCCUAUUUCAAUGGAUCUUGUAGGACUUACCUACUUUGAGGUUGAUUUUACUAAGGUUUUGAAGCGGACAGAAAUGGAGAAAACGAGGAAUGUUUCAAAAUAUGAUAUGGACCUUGAAGAGAAUGCUAGAUUCAAUACUGAUGGUGGUUUUGUUGUUCCUGUUGUCUUUGAUGUUUCAGUGCAACGCUACACCAAGUUAAUACGAUUAUACUCAACAGUUAUACUUGCUAAUGCAACAUCAGUGCCACUGGAGUUGAGGUUUGACAUUCCUUUUGGACUAUCCCCGAAGGUCUUAGAUCCAAUUUAUCCAGACCAGGAGUUUCCAUUGCCUUUGCAUUUGGCUGAAGCUGGUCGAAUGCGCUGGCGUCCGCUUGGAAAUUCGUACUUGUGGAGUGAAGUACAUGACAUUUCUAACAUUCUUUCACACGAAAGCAAGAUUGGAUUUCUUAGAUCUUUUGUUUGUUAUCCAUCUCAUCCAAGCAGUGAUCCCUUUCGCUGUUGCAUAUCGGUUCACAGUUUUAGCUUGCCUUCAUCUAAAAAGCUGAAGAAAGGAUCAUAUAACACUUUGAGGCAAUCAUUUGAAAGUUUCGAUGGUGAUCAGAAGAAGUCUAGUAAUCGUUUUAUUCAUCAAGUAACCUUAAGUGCUCCAUUAGUAGUGAUCAAUUAUCUUCCAGAUGAAGUAUCUUUGGCAAUCGAGAGUGGUGGGGUUACUCGUACCGUGUUGCUCUCAGAGUUGGAAACUUCUUUCCAUCAUAUAGAUCCUUCAUACGACUUAGGAAUGGAAUUCUGUAUUCAUGGAUUCAGACCUUCGACUUUGAAGUUUCCACGUGCAGAAACAUUCUGUACAAUGGCGAAGUUCAGUGGAACCAAGUUCUCUUUAACUGAUACCGUUUCCUUUGAUUCUGAUUCAUCUGAUGGUCUGCUAUGUGUUACAGUGGAAAAGAUGAUGGAUGCAUUCUCUGGUGCACGAGAACUAUUCAUUUAUGUCCCCUUUUUGUUAUAUAAUUGCACUGGUUUUCCACUCAAUAUUUCAGAAUGCAAUUCAGAAAUGAAAGGAAGUCAUUGUACUAUCCCAUCUUGUUAUGUUUUGGUUGAAGAUGAAUGCCUUCAAGGCAGGAAAGAUGGUCUUAGCCAUUUAUCUUUUGACCAGGAUUCACAUUUGAGAGCUCCUCAUAUUAUCAGUUCAGGGAGUUCUUCUUCUAAAAAUAACGUUCUUUUGUCCAGGAGGGAUGCUACUUCGCAUCUUGGGAGAGUUAUUAGCAAACCUCUGAUUUUAUCUAGUUCCUCUGGACCUUUGCAAGAGCAAUCAGACAAGCAUGAUUUAGUUUGUCAAAAGGCUUCUUUUGACAAGUGUUCAAGUACUGACUCAAUUGAUACUGGACGUGGAGAGGUUAAAGCAUGCAUGUAUUCUCCCCAUGGUGUUUCUUCUGCUAAUGAAAUUAUGGUAAGAGUAAGUAGGCAUGAAUUUGUCAUGGAAAAUGCUUCCCAUUCCACAUGGUCAAGACCGUUUCUUCUCAUUCCACCAAGUGGUUCAAGCACUGUUUUUGUUCCACAAUCAUCAUCAAAUUCUGCACUGAUAAUAUCCGUGACUUCUAGUGAUGUUGCUGGAUCAUUCGCUGGGCGAACCCAAGCUAUUGCUUUCCAGCCCAGAUAUAUCAUUAGCAAUGUCUGCAGCAAAAAAAUAUGUUAUAAGCAGAAAGGAACUGAUUAUUCAGUUCGUUUAGGAAUUGGACAGCAUCACCAUCUUCACUGGAAAGACACAACGAGGGAGUUAUUAGUUUCCAUAUGUUUUGAUGAACCGGGAUGGGAGUGGUCAGGCAGUUUCUUGCCAGAUCAUCUAGGUGAUACACAAGUGAAAAUGCGGAAUAAUGCUGGGGUGCUAAGAAUGAUAAGGGUGGAGGUACAGAAUGCUAAUGUUUCCGUUAAAGAUGAAAAGAUCAUUGGAAGCCUCCAUGGGAAUUCUGGGACGAACUUGAUUCUCUUGUCUGAUGAUGAUACGGGUUUUAUGCCAUACAGAAUUGAUAAUUUCUCGAAGGAGAGGUUACGGGUUUACCAACAAAAAUGUGAAAAUUUUGACACAGUCAUUCACCCUUACACUUCUUGCCCAUAUGCAUGGGAUGAACCCUGUUUUCCCCAUCGUCUCACUGUUGAGGUUCCUGGACAGCGUGUCAUUGGGUCCUAUGCUCUUGAUGAUCUGAAAGAGUACAUACCAGUGCAAUUGAAGGCAACUGCUGAGAAGCCGGAAAGAACGUUGCUCUUAUCUGUCCAUGCUGAGGGAGCAAUAAAGGUGCUCGGUAUUGUUGAUUCAAGUUUCCAUGUUUUGAAAGAUGUUAAAGAUCCAUCACCUCCAUGGUUCCGAGAAAAAACUAAACAUGAACAGAAACAGAAAGAUGUAUUUUAUUACAAGGAGAAAUUCUCGGUCACUAUUCCAUAUAUUGGUAUCUGCUUGAUUAAUUCCUUUCCACAGGAACUGCUCUUUGCCUGUGCACAGAAUAUUAGCCUUAAUCUUCUUCAAAGUUUGGAUCAACAAAAGAUUUCAUUUCAAAUCUCGUCAUUGCAAAUAGAUAACCAGUUGCAAACAACACCAUAUCCUGUUAUUCUGUCCUUCAAUCAAGAAUACCGAGGCAGCACAGAGGGCCAGAGAGUCAAGGAUGACAUUGCUAAAUCAAAGAGUGAUAGAGUAUUGCAAAGAUCUCGUGAGCCUAUACUAUCACUCGCUGUAGCAACUUGGAGGAAGAAAGACAUCUCCUUGGUUUCAUUCGAGUAUAUAAGCUUAAGAGUGGCAAAUUUCCGCCUUGAGCUUGAUCAAGAAGUUAUAUUAAGAUUGCUUGACUUCUAUAAAGCUGUUUCUUCAAGGUUCCAGAGCAAUGUCUUGCCAUUUUCAGAUCCCAAACACCCACCUCUUCUAUGUGAUGGGGGUUUCAUUCAUGCUCAAACUCGUGAAUACUUCAAAACAAUAGACAGCCAGCUGCUUGGAAUCAACUUAUCUUCAUUGAGCAAGAGUCAAAUUAAUAGUGCAGCACUACCUCCAGUAGUUCCAAUUGGAGCCCCCUGGCAACAUAUUUCCUUUUUGGAUGGAAGACAGAAGAAGAUCUAUGUAGAACUGUUUGAUUUGGCCCCCGUCAAGUUUACUUUGAGCUUUUCUAGUUCUCCAUGGAUGCUGAGAAAUGGAAUUCUUACAUCAGGAGAAUCUCUUAUUCAUAGAGGACUUAUGGCUCUUGCUGAUGUUGAGGGAGCUCGAAUUCAUCUCAAACAAUUCAGAAUUGAACAUCAGAUGGCUAGUUGGGAGUCCAUGCAGGAUAUCCUCAUCCGGCAUUACACUCGUCAACUUCUUCAUGAGAUGUACAAGGUGUUUGGUUCUGCGGGUGUUAUUGGUAACCCAAUGGGAUUUGCAAGGAGUUUAGGCCUUGGCAUAAGAGACUUUUUAUCUGUUCCUGCCAGAAGCUUUUUGCAGAGCCCCACUGGACUGAUAACUGGCAUGGCACAAGGUACCACUAGUCUUGUAAGUAACACAGUCUAUGCUUUAAGUGAUGCUGCCACCCAGUUCAGUAAAGCAGCUCAAAAGGGUAUUGUUGCAUUCACAUUUGAUGACCAGUCCGUUGCAAGAAUGGAAAAGCAACAGAAAGGUGCAGCUUCACACAGUAAAGGUGUGAUAAAUGAAGUCCUUGAGGGGCUAACAGGUCUCCUUCAAUCUCCAAUAAAAGAAGCUGAGAAACAUGGUCUUCCAGGUGUCCUCUCAGGAAUUGCCUUUGGGGUUGCAGGGCUUGUGGCAAGACCAGCUGCUAGUAUUCUUGAGGUUACUGGAAAAACUGCACAGAGUAUCAGAAACCGAAGUCGGCUGUACCAAAUGGGACCUCAAUGCUAUAGGGUCCGGCUGCCUAGGCCUCUAAGUAGAGAACUUCCUCUGAGGCCUUACUCUUUGGAAGAAGCAGUUGGAACUUCAGUGCUUAUGGAGGCUGAUGAUGGCUUGUAUCUCAAGAAUGAAGUUUUAGUGAUAUGCAAAUCCCUUAAACAAGCUGGUAAAUUUGUUGUUGUCACUGAGAGACUCGUGUUGACUGUUAGCUCUCCUGGUUUGGUAGAUUUAGGAAAGCCUGAAUUUCGAGGUGUUCCCAUUGACCCGGAGUGGUUAGUAGAGUCAGAAAUUAGUUUGGACAGUGUCAUCCAUGUUGAUGCCGUGGAAGAGGUGGUACAUAUUGUUGGAACCCGUUCAGAUGCCUUACUGAAGCAGAACCAGCACCAGUCAAAAAAAGGGGUUCUGACACGAACAAAGAGCUGGAACAAUCGAACUUCUCUUCCACUUUCCCUUACAAACUUGGAAUUGGCAUCCAUGAACGAUGCAAAGGAAUUGUUACAGAUUUUGUUGUCUACGAUUGCACAAGGUAAAGAACGUAGACUAGGCAGUGGAUAUGUUCUACAUCGAAGUAAUAUCAUGUAAAGAGGAGCGCUUGUGAGAAUAUAGGGGAGCUUCCAAGAUCAAGAUACUAAAUCAUGCACGCAGAUUAGCUUAUUAAACCCAGAAUUAUUUCCUUCAACGAGUUGAGCAAAGCUUGUGCUCCUCGCCGGAAACAAGAUUCCUUAGGAAGAAAUUUGUUCAUCUAAAUCUACUGUCAGAAUCGGUACAAUUGUAUAGUGGAAAAGCUCCUGUUUGUUUGUGCAUAGAAAUUUUGUCAAGAAAUGCUUGAAUGCAAGCAGUAUCUAUGGAUGACAUUAUCGAUAGCAGUGGCAGUGGUGGCUGUCAUGGUGAUAGUUACGACCAAGAGAGCUUGUCUGUGCAUAAGGGCAUGCAAUAUCCCUAGUGUGCUUUUCAUCAACCACAGCAUUGCCUUCCCCCUCCUUCCUUCAACAUUGUCCAGCCUUCCUCCAUGACAGAACAAAAAUGGAGAAAAUCCUGGAUCGCUUGUACAUUCCAUCUGUACAUUUUGUAGAGUAAAAUAGAAUAAUUUUCAAUUUUUUUCUUAGCUUAGCUUGAUAUCUAUUUGCCUUUAAUGUUUGAGCACCACCCAUUCAUAGGAUUAAGCAAUGACAUAUAAUUAAAAACAAAACAGUACAUGAUA